AUGGUCGCUUACUCGUCGAUUAAAUUGCAAGCAGCUAAUCAACAUCGUCGAACAGAUUUGGAACGUCAUCCCUCUGGACUACAGACUGAAUCUGGGCAUGAAACCACCCCACCCUUAGAACGAUUCAAGGCUCGAAUUGACAGGUGUUGUUCAAUAAACUCGUCCGCUCGGGACCGCCUGUUGCAGUCAUUCGAUCCCACUUGUCCGGAGUGCCAACUUUCCUUCAAGAAUCCGACAAUGAACAACCUUGUCUUGAGGCUCCAUGCAUAUCGGUACGCCGCACCGGAUUGGUGCUAUACGGCGCCUUUACCAACUUGGGCAACAGCCUCUCCCGGUGAGGAUUUGUCUGCCACCGUGGCAGCCGCGAUGGACGCGCUAGCAUAA